AUGAUCGCCAGCUGCAUCAAUCUGAGUGUGUUCGCCCGGUGGAAGCGGAAAGAACCCUUCCUCCUCUUCCACAUCUCCUUGUCCUUCGCUGAACUCUUAUGCAGCACCACGAGUUUCGUCGGCUAUGUCAACCGCGCCUUCGACUACACGCUACGCUACGCCCUGCUCAGCAAAAUCGGUAUCGGCUUCCGGACCACAUUUCUGCCGUUGAUCAAUAUCCUUGUGAUGCUAAUCAGUGUGGACCGAUGGAUUUCCGUGCAGUUCCCGCUGUUCUAUCGGCGCAAGGUGAAACGCCGGGUCAUUCUGCUGACCAUUAAUUUGGUGUGGACAGGAACUUGUGGAUUUUACGUCAUCUUCUUCGCCUUCAUGGGUAGCUCGGUUUUGGUGGUUACGUGCCGGGAAGUGGGGCAGUUUGUACUGAAGGAUCCCGCGUGGAUUAUCUUCUACAAUAUCCAGUUCUUCUCGACCUUGGUACUGAUCGCGUUGCCGCAGUGCCAUACGUGCGCAAUUGCACUGCAGGUGAAAUGCCGGGCGCACCACCGUCGUCAAAACACCCGGGACAACGACAGCCGGCUGGUACGCAGCGCCAUUCGCAGCGCAAUGGCCGGCUCCGCCGUGGUCAUCACCAACGUGGUGUGCCAGUCCACCGCGAGAUUGAUCUACUUCUUCGGAAUGCGCAGCGGAGUGUUGACUGUCGGGAUGGCAAUCGCGUUCACGUCGUUCGAUUGUCUCAAGUAUCUGAUGCCCUUCGUGUGCUACGUGGCUUUCUUCCCGAAGUUUCGCAACAAUCUGCUGGAGCUGAUAUAUGGCCGUCGCCAAAGGAUUGUGAAGAACAUUGUCUUGUUAGCUCGUCCACCGAACUAUCCGCCAAAUAACUGAAAGUCAGCAAACUUUCGGCAACUUUCCGAAAUGCGGUACUUCCGUUCGUGCUAUGUGCGAUAGCUGUUUGGCUGGA